AUGGAGACGCGAGAGGAAAAGCUAGCUUCUUGGGCUGAACCUUCUAUUACCUCAUAUCAAGGCCUCAGGGUCUUGAAAGGCUCGCUGUCGCUUAAUCUAAACGAGUUAGGGAAUCGCAUGCGCAUAUUGGAGGACAGAAUCCAAUUCAAUCAAAUUGAGGACUGUCUCCUAAAUACCCAGGAUGAGGGUAUAGUACGCGACAAUGUUGAUAAUCCAAGUCUAUGGCACUUCAAAGCGAUAUCUUUCCCCCGAAUCCGGCCCGGCAGACUUGUAUUAUCCGUUCCCAAGCAGGCCUUCCAGAAGAUCCAAGACUCGUGGAAUCUUCACCCACGCACAAUCGAGAUAUUCCUGUCCAACAAUGGAGUUCUGACGACACUCCACUCCUCCGGACGAACCUCCCUCGUCAUGAAAGUAGCCAAUUCGCGCACAACAGGCUUCGACUGCGUGUCAGUAACCUGUGACCCUUCUCAUCGCACAACCUAUGUCUUAUACCACCAUCUCUUCGAUGAAGAUGCCGUCUUCAACACCCUGCUCUCGACACCAGAACGAUGCAUCGAUUCUCACUUUUUUGUCGCUGCCCUCUAUCGCUCGCACCAUCAACGUAUUGAACUAUACCGCAAUACCAUUGAUGAUACAAUCCAGGGAAUUGAGCGACAAACGGGCUUUGGAAACCCGGGGAGGUUGGAUCAAGGGCGUCGUCCUAGCAUGGACGAGUAUCCCGCCCUUGACGAUCCAAAAAAAACAAUUCAACAGCUGGGCUACUGCCAAACGGAUCUUGCAAUUAUUGGACACGUUGGACGAUGUUGCUUAGAUUGCGGAGAAUGGCUUGUCCAAGCUAUCGACGGGAGGCUUCUAGAUGAGCAACCCUCACAUGACGGAGGGAAACAGAGCAGUAGUUCCAAUCCCCAGCAGCAAAGCCAGCAGUUAUCGGAGCACCUAAAGGCUAUACAGCGGAUGGUGCAGCAAAUGAGUGACAGAACGCAGAGUCAGACUAGCUAUAUGCUGGGUGUUAUCACGCAAAGCGAUGCCGAAUACACAGCCGCAAUAGCGAUAGACGCGAAGCGCGACAGUAUAGCCAUGAGAACAAUCUCUAUUCUUGGCAUUGUUUACUUGCCAGCUACGUUUGUGGCUACUUUGUUCAGCAUGGACAUGUUUACUUGGGGUGGUACUAGCAGUGAAGAACCAUCUUCUCUGACAGCAUCGCCGAGUAUCUGGAUAUAUUGGGCAGUAGCCGUGCCAUUGACAGUUAUAACCAUACUCGUGUGGAUUCUUUGGUCCAAGAGAGAAAACCAAAAGAGCAAUAAGCGAUUGAUGGUUUCUCGCAUAAAGGCGUCUGAAGCCGAGAGCAUGUCUAGUGACAAGAUGGUAUAA